AUGAAGAUCACCGCCGUGAUUGCUCUCGCUCUUGCAGCCGUUGUUGCAGCUUCUCCUGUUGCUGAACCGGAACUUGUCGAACCGCCAAGUACGCUGCUUGUGUUCGUGACUAUUGCUAGAGAGCGGAAUUCGAAGAUAUGGAAGGAACUUAAUGUUGGCAGCUGA